AUGUUUGAUCCGGAGGAGGAAACAUCAAUUGCGAUUGCGUGGAUAUCGUUCCUAGCGCUCUAUCCCAAUUUCUUUGGGAAGGAAGCAAUAUUCUUGUUGGCAUCGGCUAAUCAACGUGGGAGUAAGGAAGAAGACAGGGGAAUAGUGGAGAAGUGGGUUGCAAUUAAAUAUGACUAUGUACCAAAAUACUGCAAAACAUACAUGCUACAAGGACAUAAUGAAAAUGAAUGUUUUAUCAUUCAUCCAGAGUUAUACCCUAAAGAGGAGAAGGAAAGUAAUGCUGAAAAAUUGACAGGGGACAAGAAGGAAGAACUGGAAAGAAGAUCCAAAGGGAAAGAAAAUAUGGUGGAGCAUAAAAGAGAGAUUAAGCAAGGUGAAAACAAUAAUUUGAAAGAGCAAAGUAGGAUGAAGUUUGAGGAAGGGGAUAAAUAUCAUAACAGAGGUGGAAGGAGAGAACAAGUAUGGCAUCCAAGGAAACAUCUAGUGAAGGAUCAUAAUGUUCAAACACAUAACAUGUAUGAAGCUUUUGGGGAGAAUAAAGAAAAGGAAGAAGGGGAAAUCAGUGUGAUAAAAGAAGUGGAGGAAGGAAAAAUCAGUGAAGAGGAAAGAAGAGUUGCUGAUCAAUAUGAGUCACAAAGUGGAGGAGGGAUAGAUAGGGGUAAAAUAGAGGAGGAGAAUAAAGAAAAGAGGGAUUGUGAUGAAAAGAAUGAAGAGGAGACAAAAGAUAGUCAAGAAAGACAGGAGCAUGAUAUCAUGGGGGAAAAUCAAUCAGGAGAAGAAUUGAAUGAAGGUGAUCAUUUAAUCAAGGAGAAAGAAUCAAAUGAAAUAGGGACAUCGAGUAGUACAAAUAACUCACCAGAGGUUUCCCAGAGAGAAAAGAGCCAACAACAAUUUAAAGGGUUAAGGGGAUUGAAUGAAGGGGUAAAGUCAGGAAAAUCACCUGAUUUGGAGGGAGAGCUACCCCCCAAAAUCCAUACCAUUAAGCAACAGGAAAAACAACAUCAACAAGAUACAGAGGAGGAAGGCAACAUGGAUGCAAAUAUUGACAAUAUAGACAGAAGUGGAGACUUAUCACCAAAAGCAGAUAGAAAGAUUAAAGGGAAGAGACAAAAGAGGAUCCAAGCAUAA